GAUCGCUAUCACCGGAGGGUCUUCCCUGGACUCGACCCGGCUGUGGCCGCGUUGUGCUACAUGGUCUUGACGCUCGCUCUGCUCUGCGGCGUAUCGAGGAAGCGGUGCAACUGGGUCCUUGACAUCGUCCGUUUCGUCUUCUCUUCCUUCCAGGCCAAGUUGGGCCUUAUCGGCCAUAUCCCCGCCGAUAUUCGCAGCUUGAUCCGCCACUUCGACAUCGAUCCGGACGUCAAGACGUAUAUCUCGUGUCCCCAGUGCUUCUGCCUGUACCCAGACAACCCAGAC